UGCUCUCAUUCAUGCUGAGCGCUGCUCUCCAGUGCGCACGGAACUGCAGAGCUGAGCUUUGGAACCUGUGCUGCUGCUGCUGCUGCUGUCUGACGAGCCCGCCGGGAAUGGAAGCGUCUUCAGCUGCGACUCUGACAUCCUGAAGAACAUACCAAGCAGGACGAAUGCGACGGACGGUUUGAUCAGGCUGGUGGCAGACGAGGCUGAGGAUCGGGGGAUGAGGUUAUAAAAACAACAGCAGAGAACGGGGGAAAAAAAGGAAGGAGAAGUCGAUUGUUUGGAAACUCUUCUUUUUUAUCUUUGCACCCUGCAGUCCUCUAAGGCGCCAACUGACCCUGUAAAGGAUUACACCCUAUCAAAAAUACACACCAACACCCUCUUGCUCACACACCCCCUCCCCUCACCGCCAUGUCCUCCCACUUCCACCCACCCCUCCUCAUCCCUCCCAUCCUCUUCUUCCUCCUCUCCCUCUCCAUGGCUUCCACCUCUACUACUCCUCCCUCCUCUCCCCUUCUCUCCUUCUCCCCACCGGAAGGAGGUCUCACACAUUUGGUGGUCCACAACAAAACUGGAGAGGUCUAUUUGGGUGCAGUCAACUGGAUCUACAAGCUGUCCAGCAACCUCACCAAGCUACGGAGCCACGUUACCGGACCCGUCACCGACAACCCUCGCUGUUACCCUCCACCUGGUGUCCAGUCCUGCCCCCAUGAGCUGGUGCAGACUUCUAAUGUCAAUAAGCUCCUCUUACUUGAUGCUGCCCACAACCGCUUAAUUGCAUGUGGGAGUACUUCCCAGGGAAUAUGCCAGUUCCUGCGUCUGGAUGAUUUAUUCAAGCUCGGCGAGCCCCACCACCGUAAAGAGCACUAUCUAUCCAGCGUUGCCGAGGCAGGCACCAUGUCAGGUGUCGUGAUCUCCCCAGAUAUUUUCGGUGGCGGUGGGAAACUUUUUGUCGGCACUCCUAUUGAUGGGAAAUCUGAGUACUUCCCCACACUGUCGAGUCGCAAGCUGAUGUCCAACGAGGAGAAUGCGGACAUGUUCAGCUUCGUCUACCAGGAUGAGUUUGUCUCUUCUCAGCUCAAGAUUCCCUCAGACACACUCUCUAAGUUCCCUGCAUUUGACAUCUACUACAUCUACGGCUUCAACAGUGAGCAGUUUGUGUAUUAUCUUACCCUGCAGCUCGACACCCAACUCACUUCACCUGAUGCAAGCAGUGAACAGUUCUUCACCUCUAAGAUUGUCCGCCUAUGCGUUGACGAUCCCAAGUUCUACUCCUAUGUUGAAUUCCCCAUCGGCUGCACCAAGGACGGAGUGGAGUACCGCUUGGUUCAGGAUGCUUAUUUGGCCCGGCCGGGGAGCCGUUUGGCACGUUCGCUUGGUAUUCAAGAUCACGAGGAGGUUCUGUUUACUGUAUUCGCCCAGGGUCAAAAGAACAGAGCCAAACCGCCCAAGGAGUCGGCUUUGUGUCUGUUCACAAUGAGGCAGAUAAAGGAGAAGAUUAAAGAGAGGAUUCAGUCAUGCUACAGAGGAGAAGGAAAACUCUCCCUGCCCUGGCUGCUCAACAAGGAGCUGGCCUGUAUCAACUCGCCGUUGCAGAUAGAUGAUAACUUCUGUGGCCAGGACUUCAACCAACCUCUAGGGGGCACCACUGCCAUCGAGGGCAUCCCGCUUUACGUGGACAAGGACGACGGCAUGACAUCCGUGGCGGCCUACGACUACCGGGGACACACUGUUGCGUUCACUGGCACUCGCAGCGGACGGAUGAGGAAGAUCUUGGUGAACUCCAUUUCCCAGCCUGCAUUGCUGUAUGAGAAUGUGGUGGUGAGCGACGGGAGCCCCAUCCUUAGAGAUCUGCUCUUCAGCCCAGAUCAUCAGUACUUAUACGCCCUCACUGAUAAACAGGUAACCCGUGUACCGGUGGAGAGCUGUGAGCAGUACACUUCUUGUGGCGCCUGUCUGGGGUCAGGAGACCCUCACUGCGGCUGGUGUGUGCUGCACAAUGUCUGUUCCAGGAAGGAUCGCUGUGAGCGAGCAGAGGAGCCUCAGCGUUUCACCACCAGAGUGGAACAAUGUGUCCGUCUGUCCGUCCAGCCGAACACUGUCUCAGUCACCAUGUCAGAAGUGCAGUUGGUACUUCAGACGCAAAAUGUGCCCAGUCUGUCCGCUGGAGUGAACUGCUCCUUCGAGGACUAUGUAGAGACAGAAGGACGCAUCUACAGUGGCCGAAUCUUCUGCCUGUCUCCCUCUACAAAAGAGAUUGCCCCCAUCACACGAGACCAAGGUGACCAACGUGUUAUAAAGUUGUAUCUGAAGUCAAAGGAGACGGGGAAGAAGUUUGCCAGUGUGGACUUUGUCUUCUACAACUGCAGCGUCCACCAGUCAUGCCUGUCCUGUGUUAACGGAAAAUUCCCCUGUCACUGGUGCAAAUAUCGCCACAUGUGCACGCAGGAUGCCAGUGACUGCUCGUUCCAGGAGGGACGAGUCAACACCUCAGAGGAGUGUCCUCAGAUCCUGCCCUCCACCCAGAUCUACAUCCCUGCUGGAGUUAUGAGGCCGAUCACUCUGCUGGCCCAGAACCUGCCCCAGCCUCAGUCCGGACAGAGAAACUACGAGUGCAUCUUUCACAUCCAGGGCAACACGCACAGCGUCCCAGCUCUGAGGUUCAACAGCUCCAGCAUACAGUGUCAGAAGACUUCAGUAAGAUACGACUACGAGGGCGGUGACAUCAGUGACCUGCCGGUUGACCUCUCAGUUGUUUGGAAUGGAAACUUUGUCAUCGACAACCCAUUCAACAUUCAAGCUCACCUGUACAAGUGCAGGGCACUGAGGGACAGCUGUGGUAUGUGCCUGAAGGCCGACCCCAGGUUUGAAUGCGGUUGGUGCGUCCAGGACAGGAAGUGCUCCCUGAGGCAGGAGUGUACCGGAGGAGGAAACUCCCACCUCCCUCUGCAGCUGGCUGAAGGUGGAGGGUGGAUGCACGCCACAUCUGGAAACAGCCGUUGCACCCACCCCAAGAUCACAAAGUUAUUCCCUGAGACGGGCCCUCGUCAAGGAGGAACCAGGGUGACCAUCUUGGGGGAAAACCUGGGUCUGCAAUUCAGAGACAUCCAGAUGGGUGUCCGGUUGGGGAAGGUGCCCUGUGUGCCCCUGGAGGAGGAGUAUGUGAGUGCUGAGAGAAUAGUGUGUCUGCUGAACGAUGCUACCGGCUACAGAGUCCAAGAGGCUCAGGUGGAGGUGUGUGUGAGAGACUGCGUCAACGACUACAGAGCCCUGUCCCCGAGGCCCUUCACCUUCGUGACUCCAUAUUUCACUCGUAUCCAGCCAUCUCAGGGGCCCAUUUCAGGUGGCACCCGGGUCACCAUAGAGGGAAGCUACCUCAACGCAGGCAGCUAUGUGUCUGUCAGCAUUGGACCACAGCCCUGCUAUUUCAAAAAGAGGAACGCCCGUGAGAUAGUGUGUGUUACACCAGCUGGAUUGGCACCAGGCAGCACAUCAGUCCUGGUGGAUAUCGAUGAUGCUGAGCUCAGAAACCCUGAAGUCAAGUUUAACUACACCGAAGACCCCACUGUCCUGAGGAUUGAACCUGACUGGAGCAUUGCCAGUGGUGGGACUCUGCUGACGGUGAGUGGAACCAACCUCGCAACCAUUCGAGAACCCAAGAUCAGGGCCAAGUACGGGCAGGCAGAAUCCUUUCAUAACUGUACAGUGUAUAACAACUCAGUCAUGGUGUGCCUCGCUCCGUCGGUGGCGGACUCAGAGCUUGGUUUUUCCGAGACUGGCACCGGCCCAGAUGAGAUUGGCUUCUACAUGGACAACGUGAACGCUCUGGUGGUGGUCAACGAGACAUUCAGCUACUACCCCGACCCUGUGUUUGAACCGCUGAGUCCCUCCGGUGUCCUAGAGCUCAAACCCACGUCGCCACUUAUCCUCAAGGGUCGGAACCUGAUCCCAGCAGCUCCAGGAAACAGUCGCCUGAACUACACGGUGCUGAUUGGAGAAACUCCCUGCAUCCUCACCCUGUCUGAGAGCCAGCUGCUGUGUGAAUGGCCCAACCUCACCGGACAACACAAAGUCACGAUCCGUGCUGGCGGGUUUGAGUACUCCCCUGGUACUCUUCACAUCUACUCAGACAGCCUGUUGACUCUUCCUGCCAUCAUCGGCAUUGGAGGGGGUGGAGGCCUGCUACUGUUGGUCAUCAUCGCCGUCCUGAUAGCCUAUAAGAGGAAGUCGAGGGACGCUGACCGCACCCUGAAACGUCUGCAGCUCCAGAUGGACAACCUGGAGUCUCGAGUGGCCCUGGAGUGUAAAGAAGCUUUCGCCGAGCUUCAGACGGACAUCCAUGAGCUGACCCAGGAGCUGGAUGGAGCUGGGAUUCCCUUCCUGGACUAUCGGACUUACGCCAUGAGGGUCCUGUUUCCUGGGAUUGAAGACCACCCUGUACUCAAGGAGAUGGAGGUACGGGUCCAGGCAAAUGUUGAGAAGGCACUCACACUGUUUGGCCAGCUGCUGACGAAGAAACACUUCCUGCUGACAUUCAUACGAACCUUGGAGGCACAAAGGUCAUUUUCAAUGCGGGACCGAGGCAAUGUGGCAUCUCUGAUCAUGACAGCCCUGCAGGGGGAGAUGGAGUACGCCACUGGAGUCCUGAAACAGCUGUUGUCUGACCUGAUAGAUAGAAACCUGGAGAGCAAAAACCAUCCCAAACUGCUCCUCAGGAGAACGGAGUCUGUAGCUGAGAAGAUGCUGACCAACUGGUUUACAUUCCUCCUGUAUAAGUUCCUCAAGGAGUGUGCCGGGGAGCCUCUGUUCAUGCUUUACUGUGCCAUCAAGCAGCAGAUGGAGAAGGGACCCAUAGACGCCAUCACAGGAGAAGCCCGCUACUCGCUUAGUGAGGACAAGCUCAUCAGGCAACAGAUUGACUACAAAACACUGACGCUGCACUGCGUAAACCCAGAGAAUGAGAAUGCACCUGAAGUGACGGUCAAGUGUCUGAACUGUGACACCAUCACUCAGGUCAAAGAGAAGCUCCUUGAUGCUGUGUACAAAGGCAGCCCCUAUUCUCAGAGACCCAAAGCUUCUGACAUGGACCUCGAGUGGCGUCAAGGCCGGAUGGCCAGAAUCAUUCUGCAGGAUGAAGAUGUAACAACUAAGAUCGACAAUGACUGGAAACGACUCAACACCCUGGCUCACUAUCAGGUAACAGAUGGCUCAGUGAUUGCCCUUGUGCCAAAGCAAAACUCUGCCUAUAACAUCUCCAACUCCUCCACCUUCACCAAGAGCCUCAGCAGAUACGAGAGUAUGCUGAGGACAGCCAGUAGUCCAGAUAGCCUACGAUCCCGAACACCCAUGAUAACACCUGACCUGGAAAGUGGAACCAAACUGUGGCAUCUGGUGAAAAACCACGACCAUUCAGACCAGAGGGAAGGCGACCGAGGGAGCAAGAUGGUCUCUGAGAUCUACCUGACCAGGCUGCUAGCUACAAAAGGUACGUUACAGAAGUUUGUAGACGACCUGUUUGAGACCAUCUUCAGCACAGCCCACAGAGGCAGCGCGCUGCCACUCGCCAUCAAGUACAUGUUCGACUUCCUGGACGAGCAGGCCGACAAACACUCAAUCACAGACUACGACGUACGACAUACCUGGAAGAGCAACUGUCUUCCUCUGCGAUUCUGGGUGAACGUGAUCAAGAACCCCCAGUUUGUAUUUGACAUCCAUAAGAACAGUAUCACAGAUGCCUGUUUAUCUGUGGUGGCCCAGACCUUCAUGGACUCCUGUUCAACGUCUGAGCACAAACUAGGAAAAGACUCGCCUUCAAAUAAGCUUCUCUACGCUAAAGACAUCCCCAACUACAAGAACUGGGUAGAGAGGUAUUACUCUGAUAUCUCCCGUAUGCCAGCCAUCAGCGAUCAGGACAUGAGUGCCUAUCUAGCAGAGCAGUCCCGCCUGCACCUCAGCCAGUUCAACAGCAUGUCUGCGCUGCACGAGAUCUACUCCUACAUCAUCAAAUACAAAGACGAGAUCCUGUCAGCGUUACAGAAAGACGAACAGUCACGCAGACAGCGGCUACGUGGCAAGCUGGAGCAGGUCAUCGACACCAUGGCCUUGGCUAGCUGAGGACCGGCCAAUCACACGCCUCAGCUAGUGGAGAACUGGCUAACCAACACGCCUUCCCUGACAACUUUUGACGCCCCCGUGACAUUUUGACCCUCGAUGUUUAAGAUCUGUUGUUAUCACCCUCACAAACAGCAACCUACAGCAGCAGAAAAGACUGCCAGGACACUAGCACCCAGCAGCAGCAGCACACUGGAGAGACAGCAGAGUCUGGAACUAAAUCCCGGACAGCCGGGUUUGAAUUUUCUCUUCUUUAUCUUCUUCUUCUUCUUCUUCUUCUUCUUCUCUGAGCCACCAACCCUGCCAUGAACAACCAAAUCAAGUGCACCCUCAGCCAGUAUGGACCUCCGCUCAGGAGAGCAUCUGUUUUCAUCAAGGCCCACAUCUAGAGUGCUCUGGGGGCAGCAGUUGGGUCCUGUGGCCACAAUCAGGACCGGGUCAUGCACAGUGCUGACUGAAAACUUGUCUAACUGGAACUGAAAUGCUACAAGAAAGGUGCCAGCUGCAAGCCUGUACCUUCCCACAGCCAAGGCUACGGUUCAGACUGUGAGCCAAUAAGCAUCCAGGAUAUAUUAUUACAAUACUUGAUCCCUGUAACAAAAAAAUAAAUAAAUCUCUUUUCUGUUGCUGCCCUCCACAGUGAGGUCAGAGGUCAGGGACAGCUGUAGAGCACCAGGCAGAGAUGCAGUGUGUUGCUCAAAGACACUUCAGCAGGGUGGAUGCUUGGCAACAAGCUGCUGCCAUCGCAGGGCAACCAGGAGGAAGAACUUUGCAGGGAAACUCCUCCUCCAGUACUGACUCUCCUAUUCUUUCAACAAGAACUCCACUGUAGUAUAACAAAGGACAUUGUCAGUUUCAUAACUCUGCAUUUGAUUUGUUAAUGCAUUUGAUUCCGUUUUUUUCCCCCAACUGCCUUCUCUCCCCAGUGCUGUGCCACUUGUGUUACUGCUGAAUUUGCACAACAAAGCUAAAUCAAAAGAGAGAAGAGGAUAUAUGAAUAUAUAUAUAGAUAGAUAUAUAAAUACAAACUUUUUGUUUUUAAAGCAAAUGAAAAGUUGAAAAAAUGUUUUCCAUUUCAAUGUACAAAAGAUAAGUUUGAGAAGAUUUGAUAUUUCCAAGAUGAAAAAUUAUGAAAACACAAGGAAAAAGUCGUCCUGUGCCAUGUUUUACUUUGAAUGUUGUUUAGUGCAAAGAGACCUCUUUUUGUUAGAUGAAAUGUGCUAUGAUGAAAAUGUUGUCAUGCUUAGUGACCGACAGUGAGAGUUUUAAAAUAGGUAAAUGGCAAAUACAUAUAAAUAUAUAUAUAUUACAAACACUUUCUAUAUUUCAUGAGAUCUUGGGGCCAUUGAGUGCUACAUAUUUGGUUCUAAAGACAGCAAAAAGACAAAUGAUGUCUGGAAGCUGCCUAUGAGCCAACCAACCUACAGUGCUUUUGUGUUUGCUUUAGAGAAACCAAAUACAUCAAGACCUGGUCAGCUGAUUUAGAUGAGACAAGUCAUUUCUGUGCAAGCCAGCCUCAUGCUGUGGUAGCAGAUUAUAGAGGUACCAGGCAGUCAUUUAAGCUGAUCCUUGGCACGCUGUGCUUUACAGCUUCUUGAUCUUGUUUUCUAGACUUCCCCUCUUGUCUGAAGCAUCUUUUAAGGUGUGCCAUCCGAAAUGAAGGCUAGUUUUUCCGUGCAAAAGAAAGUGGAACAGUAUUGUCUAAUGUUUUUUUUCUUUUCCUAAUUUGCAGUGAAGAUGGUAAAGCCGAAGGGUCCAUUUUUGAACUGUGAACGUAGUUUAUGAAAAAAAUAAUGAAAUGUCGCUUGAUUUAUGUGAGUGUUUUUGGACCAAUUCAAGGCCUUUCUCUCUUUUUUGUUCUGUGGGGUAGAAAAGAAAAAAAAAACAAGUUCAAAAGUUUUCCGAGCACCAUGUGCAGCUCCACAUUUACUUGCAGUUCUUCUUGAAAGGCAUACAUUAAUACAUAAGACAUUCCUCUUACCUCAGAGUGUACACUAAUGGGAAAAAUACACACGAUUGAUUGUUGACAGAAUGUACAUUCAAUGUACAUAAGAUCCUGUAAAAACAGAGCACCAGACCAGACAAAUCAACAACCAGAUGGAUGAAAUAAUAAGAAAAAAAAAAAGAAAAACAAAACUCUGUAUAAGGGUCAUGAUAAAGUAGGAUCGAAUGCAUUAAACACACCUUGUAGAACAAUAUGACUUUAAAGGAAGCAGUUACCAGUGUAUCCAAAUCAUUUACAUUUUCUUCCUGUUCAGCAGUGCUUCCCUCAGACUUUUUGUCCCAGUGGAAGAGCGGAAAGAAGUCUUUAACCAGCUGAAAGUAGAAUCGUCAGUACAGUUCAGACAGCUUUGAAGAGCUCUGGAGUUGGAUGGGGAACUUUGCAUACAAAGGCUAAUGGUUUUUCUCUAAAGUUGGAAGUUAUUAGAACCAUUUGUUCAGUUGUCCCAAGAAUGUGCACUGAGUUUGAGAAGAAGAAAUUGAAAGAUGAUAGCCAUUUGGGUUGUUCUAUCUUGGUAACAGAUCAACUGAAAAUCAUGAACAUUUAUUUAUUGUAAUUAGAUAUGCAGCAUUUUCGGUGCUCUAGUUGCAAAAUAGUUAAGCUGAGAAUAAGCACUGACAGCAAAGGACAAUGUAAAAACUAAAUUAUCCGUUAUAUUAAGAAUAAUGCAGCCGCCAUGUGAAAUGAUCUACAUUCCAUAUUAUUAAUACAUGUGCACUUCCUCUGUUCUUUUGUUUGUUCCGAUGCCAUGAACUGCUGAUUAAGACCAGCAGUUAGCGUACUAAAGUGUGUAAGCCACACCUCGAACAGCACCAGAUGGACUGCUGACUGACAUGUUCCAGGUGAUAAUUGUUCAGUCACAGCUGUUUAACAGUAUGACACAAAAGUGUGACUGUCACGCUGGGUGUGAUAGUUGAGUUUCAGACAUGUAACUUUGUGGUAAAUUAACACAUCUGGCCCCUUUGGAUUGUAUCUUCGAGCAGAAAUCCCUCUAAUCAAAGUCACGUGCUUUAAUAAACUGGCAAAUAAUAAUGAUGUUUCGAUCGGAAUGACACUGGGAUGUUACGGUACCUGUUCACUGAAUGAUAAUUUCCAGUCAUACCCACAUAGAAAUGAACAGUAAACUCUAUGUUCCUUACUUUAGCACCUCUGGCAUCUCCGACACAUACAUUCUUUAGCUCCUUCUUUGUCCAUGCUUUUAUAUUGUCAGGGAUAUUUUUCACACACAGACCUGGACCAGCCCUCAUGCCGCCAAACCAAACACAUUUGCUCCUGUCAAAUAAUCAACCCUUGAGUCCAACAAAAGUACAUUCCCCUUGGUGAAUCCAGGAUGUUUUGCGAAACUCUGUAAAAACCCAGAGUCCAUUCAAAUGUCUGUUCUACAUAUUAGCCUGUCAUUCUCACUAAGGUGCCAUGUUUUUAUCUGACAGCACAACUAUGUGUCAGGACAGAGUGAAACGUACUGUAUGUGCUGUAAUACUUGAACCACUGAUCUACACAGGGUAAAACAACAUACAGGGAGGGCUGACCAAAGCUUUUUCAUCGACAUCAGGAGGACAACUCUGUCAUAAGAGAUUAUCUUUGAUCCAUUUGCUUUUCAGUUCUUCCACAAAACAAGCUUAGGGCUCAGUUUGAGUCUUUUAAAUACUCCUUCAUUGAGGGUAUUUAGUGUCUGUCUUUAUUCUUGAUGAAUGGUGAAAUUAAGGCAACACUGCUUCCAUGUACAGGGCCUCAUUACCACAUUCUGUUCAAUUCAGUGAAUGACUGAAACAGUCUGAGGAUGUGGACCGUUGCAUUGAUGUUUAACUGCUAUUCACUUGCUCAAUUGUUCUUUUGAUGAAAACUUGUAAAGAUGAUUUUUGUGAUCUUACUAGAGAAAUAAGGCUUAGUUAGUACCCCUAGGAUGGCUUUGUAAAGAGUAAAAAAAAAAGAAGAAAAAAAAUGCUCUGCAAGAUGGAGAGAUAAGGCCCUCUUGGUCUCUGGUGCUUUUGUUUCUUUGUUUUGCUUCUUGUUUUCUGCUUCACCACUUGUUGGGGUAAAAGAUGAAAAGACUCGGGCAAGGCAGAGGAAGUGCUUUGAAGGCUACAGUACCGCUUCAUUUUCCAUUCCAUCACAUCUGUGGUGUUCAUCUUUUUCCACAUAGAAAAAGACGGUUAUGGAGGAGGGUGGAGUGAGGAAAGGAAAGAGGUGAAGGCGGAGAUUCUCUCAGAGUCUGACUGACACAGAAGUGUUCACUGUGCCUUGUCAGCCUCUUGCCAUAUAGAAAAUUAUGUAUAUUCCAUAUACUUUAAGGGUGUAAUUCAAGAUGUGUGUCAAAAAAUGGGCCAAGAACACAGUAUAUUGAAAGUUCAAUUCAUUUAUUUAUUUUUAAAAUGAGACAGUUCAUAUUAAGGUACAUUUCCAUGCAAAUUUGAGAGAUUGUAGCCAUACGGCUAAUUUCCGUCUCAGAAGGGAGAAUAAGAAAUGAAUUCCAAUCUGUGUACUAUUUCUGAAGCUCAGGAGUUAGUUUAGCCUAAGUUAAUGCAAAGUAGCAAAGUGGUAGCCUGGCUCAUUAGUUGACGUAUGACACCCCGAAAGAUGAAUAACAAAUUUUAUCUCAUAUACUAAGCAUGCAUAUUACAUGCAGCAGAUAUAAAGCAAUGUGUGAAAACAAUAUAGCAUUCCAGUGUAUUCUGGAACUACUAUAUGCUGCACACACACAGUGAAUGUAAAAGUUACAACACAUAUCUCCCAUCUCCCACUAGAAUCAGAAAUUACAAGUUUUUAUAUAUAUAUAUAUAUAUAUAUAUAUAUAUAUAUAUAUAUAUAUAAGCUAUUAAAACAAUGUAUGUUUAUCACUUUGCUUUAAGGUAUUUCGUGUUUGUCUUCAUGCUAGAAUUAAGACUGGAUGCUUUAUGGUCUUUGUCAUAUUUCAAUUAAAUUUAAUUCACCAGGGCAAAACCUCUGGCAGAACCACAGUCAGUGAGGGCAGGCAUCGGCCUCGACCAGUUGGGGUGAGGAAAAAGGGCAGACGGGGCAUGGAAGUAGAUUGAUGACACUUGGGAAGUUGGUGAGACCUACAGAUCAGAAACCUGUAGCUGUACAUUGAACACAUAAUUCAAACUACAUUAGAGAGAAUAUACAAGUUAAAUGCUAACCUAGCUAUGCUAAGCUAACAGGUUGCUGUAUUUACCUUCACAUAAGGCACACAGACAUGAGAAUGAUAUUAAUCUCCUUUUUUGACUCUCAGUAAGAGCACCACUUAAGGCAUUUCUAGAAAUGUAAACUAUUCGUGGUUCGCAGGAACUGACACCAUUUUGAAAACCUUUAAAAUCACUUCUGAAGUGUAUGUGGAAUGUAGGUGUUUUUCUGUAUGGGCUGCACCUUCCAACAUCGUACCUUCUCGCCUCCAUAGGGAGGAACACCACGACAUGAAAACUUACCCUCAUCUGCCAUUUUCUAACCCCUGCCCCAACAGCAACAAUCACAUUUCUCAUCCCUGCAGUCCCAGCUCUCCAGCUUCCUCACCUGCUGAGUUCACUUUGAUUAAAGUACAUUUCAGAGACGGCGAAGAGGACAUGAAAUACCUUCACACACAGAUUAAAGAGGAGAGAGGUAGAAAGAAAAAAAUACCUUAAAGAGUUUUAAUACUUUAUGAAUUCUGAUACCUUUUUAAGAGUUUCAGACUUGAAGCUGCUGUGACAGGUUUUGGCUGUUUCACGCCCGUGUAAAUAUCCUGCUCUUUCCAAUUUUGCAGAUUUAUUACGUGUAAAUAGACACGCAUCAAGGAGAGAUUAAACAUGUUUUUUGCUAAA